AUUAUUUGUGUUAUUAUAUUAUUAAGAUUUUUUAAUUAUCAAUGUAAAAUAAAUGUUUCAACUAUGAAUUAUUAGUAUCAAAAUAUCAUUUAAAGUAAAGAAAUGUAUGUACAUACGUUUUUUAAAAUACCGUAAUUUAUUGCCUAAUGCCAGGAAUACACGAGGCUAGUUUUUCAAGCAAGGAUAACAAGGCAUAAUGGACAAACAUGUACUAAAAUUAAAACCAAACAAUAAAAAUGUGUGAUAGUGAAUUGAAAGAAGAUAAUUCAAAAAAUGUAAUCAUCUCAUUUAAUACAGCUGUAAGAAGUUAAUAUACAUAACCUCAUACAUUACCUACACACUAUUAAUGAAAACAAAUUUACAAAGUUGAAAUACAGCGUUAUAAAGUUUACAAUAAAUGUAUGAUGGUGGACAAGAAGAAACCCAAUCAGCAAAAACUUGAGGUCUGCAGAAAUUACAGAAAUGAACUGAGUUUACUAUCUGAUGAGAAAGCGAAUGAAGUAGUAGGAAGAUCACUUAAAAUAUAUUAUGCUAUAGAAACUUUAAAUCCUACAGAUAUGUUUCAAUGCAAGAUUAAUGAGUUUGUUGAUGCUCAUAUUUAUAUAAUAGAACAAGAAGUUCAAAGGUUUUUAAAACAACCAAAACCUAAUGAAGAUGAACUUACUGUAGAGUCUGUAUAUUCUGGAAUGGCAGGUGCUGCCUUGCUGUUCAAUUUUUAUGCUAACAAAAUACAAGAUAAUAAUAAAAAUGUAGAGGCUAAGUUGAUUAUUGAAAAAUGUAUUUCAAUAUUAGAUGGAAAUUCUGAUAGUGUAACAUAUUUAACUGGGAAAUCUGGUAUAUAUGUGACAGCUGCUGAAAUUUAUCGAGAUCUUGGUGAUAUGGAAAAUGCAAAAAAAAUGAUUCAAAAAGUGGAGAGUUUGUUGCCAAUAGCAUUAAAUAACAAAAUGCCCGAUAAUUUACUUUAUGGACGAGCUGGAUAUCUAUACUCUUUACUAUUCCUUAAAAAGCAGGGAUGGGAAUUCCCAGAUAGAGAUAAAUUGAUAAGAAAGGUCGUGACAGCAAUUUUAAACAACGGUAUACAGGCAUGUGAAAAAGAUAAACCAAAAAAAACUUCUCUCAUAUACAAAUGUCACAACAAAAAAUACUUAGGAGCAGCUCAAGGCUUAUCUGGUGUUAUACAUUGUCUUCUUCUGGCAAAGACUUAUCUAACACAAAGUGAACUAGACAAUCUUAUUAAGCCAGCCCUUGACUACUUAUUAACAUUAAGAUAUAAAUCUGGAAAUUUACCAUCUUCUUUGUGUAAUGAUCCUGAUCAAUUAGUUCAAUGGUGUCAUGGUGCUUCAGGUGUCUCACACACUUAUGCACUAGCAUAUAAAAUUUUUUUAGACCAAAAGUACCUCAAUGCUGCAGAACAAUUCACUAAUAUUGUAUGGCAACGUGGUUUAUUGACUAAAGGAUAUGGACUGUGUCAUGGUGUUAGUGGAAAUUCCUAUGCUUUUAUAUCACUCUUCCAAUUAACUGGAAAAGCUAAAUAUUUAUAUCGAGCUGCAAGGUUUGUUGAUUGGUGCUUAACAACUGGUCGUCAAAAAAAAGUUCCUGACAAUCCAUAUUCAAUGUUUGAUGGUGUUACUGGUGUUACAUAUGCUCUAUUAGAUAUGCAGGAACCUGCAGCAGCGAAUAUGCCAGGAUUCUAAUUUUUCAACAAUGGUAGUUUAUACAUCUAUGUAUGAAAUAAUUAUCUAGCUUAUCUAUAAAAGCAGCCAAAACCAAUGAAGCGUAUAAAAUAAUUUUAUUUAUACAUGUUUUAUUAUUACUUUGAUAAAAUUAUUAUAAGAAUGCUAAAAGGUAGCCACACAACUACAUAUUUAAAACAGAUAAUUUUCCUACUUUUAAAUUUUUAUUCUUCAUGUAUGUGUAAUGUUUUUACUUGUGUAAACAUUUUUUUUUUUUUUUUAUUGAUUAUGGUUUAUUGAUAUCCUCUUAAGAAUAGUUAAACUAAUAAGAUUAAUUGUUCAUUAAUAAGCAAUUACAUUUUUAUCAAGACUGGUCACUUACUAAAGUAAAAUAGUUAGAAUUAAAAUCUACCUACAACUUCUAACUCUUUAACUUUCUUUAGUUGUUAAAUUCUAAUCAGAUAAUAAAAUUAGUUUGAUAGUUUAUAUCCCGAACUAUUUUAAAUUAAAUUAGUUUAAAUAAUGUAUUAACGUUUUCAGCUUUGCCUUUCAAUAAUAUUUUAUGCUUUGUGUAAAUAUUAUGCUUUAAUGUGAUACAUUAAUUAUUGAGACUUAAAUAUUAUGUAUUAUGGUUAUUAAUAGGGCUCGGAUUUUGUAGCAAAUGCUUCUUUUGAGGGGAGUGUGACAGAAAGUUAAAUUGUUCUGAUUUCAAUGAAGUAAACUGUUUUUUGCCUUUUUCCACAAAACCUACUUUUUAUUGCUUUUUCCCCUAUUUAAUACUUUUUUCUUAAUUUUUACAUAUUUUUCUUGAAAAUUUAACUUAUUUCUAUGUAUAUUAUACUUUUACUAUAUUAUUAUUGCUAGAAAUUAUAAAACCAGUAAUAAAUGGAUGACUGAUAAAAUAACUAUUGUUAUUGUGCCGAAAUUGUAUCGUUUUAUCCACAAUUUAAUGACCAUAAUUACAGUUGUAUUUAUGACUUAAGGAAAGGGAAACUUAUCAGUCAGUUUAUGUGCAAACGUCUUUUUCUAUGUAUACAAAUAUAUUAGCACCCAAUAGGAUGAGUUUUAAUGAAAGUAACUUCGACCAAAUAUAUGGUUGUAAUUCCUUUUUUAAUAUUUAAUUUCAUGUGUAAUUUAAAAUUGUUUUUUUAGAAUUAAAUUUAAUAAAUGCUUUUUUGCUUAUUUUGGCUACUUAAAAUGAUUUUUAAGGAUUUAUUUAGUUAAA